UGUUCCAGAGGCAUUAUUAUCAUCUUCGCGUUGGCUGCGCGUGAUUCAUCGGCUGUUUUUGGUUAUCAGCGAAUACUUCGUUGUCGAAUCGUGACCGGGAAAGUGCAGUGCCAAAAACUUAGAGUGGCCAACGUCUGAGGUAAAAGGAAUCGAUUUGUAAUUUCACGUGUGCACCGAUCGGCCCGAAACAUGACCGAAGCACAGAUCUGUGAUAUAAGCCUGGAGGCGAAGGAGGAAAUCAGCAAAUUUCGAUUCCGCCGCAACGCAUCGAACACCGCCUUGAUUCUGAAAAUCGAUCGUGAAAAGCAAAUUGUGACCGUGGACGAUCUGUUGGAUGACAUAGCGAUCGAGGAUCUACAGGAGCAACUCCCGAGCCACCAGCCGCGAUACAUCAUCUACAGCUACAAGAUGGUGCACGACGAUGCCCGGAUAUCGUACCCGUUGUGCUUUAUUUUCUACACACCGCGCGAUAGUCAGAUGGAGCUCUGCAUGCUGUACGCGAAAACGCGUAUGGCGUUGCAGCGCGAGGCGGACCUUACGCGCUACUACGAAAUCCGGGAACUGGACGAUAUGACCGAGGAGUGGUUAAGAGAAAAACUGCGAUAGGCGACCACCGAUGGAGAAGGAGCGAUAACGUUUUGCGCGUUUGCGUUUUUGCUCGAAACAUAGACGGACUCACAACUCUACAAUCGACACCCAAGCGGCAUUCGGCCAAUGAGCAACGAUCGGUGAUUGCCAAAAGACACGCUCGUUAGAAAACGAACCAUUUUGCGAUAGAACAAACGGCCGAUAACACAUAUUACCUUCGAUGAUAGAGCGGGAAGCGGCAUUAGGACGCACGCUUCCACGAUAGCUCCUCAAACCGAUGGUCCAUUUGGCUUUUUGCUGAAAUAUUGAAGCAAGACAGUCGUAUAUUAUUAAGCAUGAUAGAAGCUACUAGCUACCCAUUAGUAAUCGUAUCUACCCUUUCGACUCUGCUAUCGCUUCACUAACCGAAUGAAGCUGACGAGCAUGUAGAACCAUAAGCCAGUGGCUAUUUCAAACUAUUAUUAGCGUGUUUUGGGACGGGACGAAGAAAGCUAGUCUGUAGGCAAUUUGUGGUACAAUCGAACGCUGGUCAUGACAGGGAUAGCGUUACGAAGGCGGAACGAUUGUGGAAGGAAUUUCUACGCGAUGAAAUACGCGAUCGUAAACAUUUCGAUUGGCGGACGAAUCAGGUACAACGCACAUUCGAUGCGCCUAUCUUUUUGCAUAUUUCAUAUAUCGUAAGCAUUUCUAGAACCUAAGAAUACCCGGUAACAUACAAACAUUGCCGCAUUGGCGCAUAUCAAUAAAGUGGAUGU